AUGGAAAAUUAUUUAUAUUCUUCACGCAUGACGAUUUGUACGUUAAACUUCUUUGCGCGGGUUAAAGGAAAACCUAGUUACCUUAGGGAAUUAUUUGUUGAAGAUGAAGCUAAACGUUCUGAAAGAUUAGCUAUAAAAACAAAUAAUGUAAAUUUUGAAUUGCCAAAUUUUUCUACAAAUUAUCUUGAAAAUUCAUUUGUAGUAACUACAAUACGUUUGUGGCAAAAUUUACCUGCAGAAAUUGCGAAUGCAAGCAGUCUAGAAGUGUUUAAAACAAAGAUCUAUGACUAUUUCUUGGAACUUGAAUUUCAGUAA